CACACCCUACACGAAAAAAAAAAACCUCCAUUGACAUUUUGCUAAUGUCAAACAUGUUUACAAAUCAGAUGUAAACAAACGUGUUCAAAUAAAUUGUAAAUAAUGGACGAAAACACUGAAAUGAAAUUAAAAACAAUAUGUUGUGCAUGUUUGAGUGUUGAUAGAAAGCUCACGAAACUGUGCCGAGUCGAGGAUGGUGUAAAUAGUUUAUUCUUCCUACUUUCAUACAACUGCGAAGUUUUCGAAGAAAUAUUCAACAAGAGAGCAUCACUUUUAUCAAUAUGUUGGGAGUGUAAGGCUGUUAUAUAUAGACUGCAACAAUUCCGCAAACAAGUAAGCCUCGCCCAGAAACAACUGUCCGAGCUGACAGACGGAAGAGAUGUUAAAAAUUUCCACAGUCUAUCAAAAUUACAGUAUUUCCAUCAGGAUAAAUACAAUUUUAUUAUAGAAAAUAUAUCAAUGCCAGAAAAUUUUAUAGACUGUGGUCCUGACAUCAGUUUCUUGAAGACUGAAAGUGACACAGAUGAUAUACCGCUAGCAGAUUUAUAUUUAAAUAAUUGUAAAGAUAUACAACCUCCUCCGAACAAUAUUAACAUUGGCUGUAUAGAAAAUAAUACAGACAAUAAACAUGUUGGGUCUGGAUGUUCCAAAUAUGAAAUGACAGAAGAGGAAAUGUUGGAGAGUAUGAAAAAACAGAAAGAAAAUGAAUUUUACAUGAACAGUUCAAGCAAAUGUGAAUCUUGUGUGAGAGUUUUCAAGGACUAUAAAUGUUUGGAGCGACACAACUUGAAAUUACAUGUACAGAGACCGAAUCAUAUCCAGUGCGGCAUAUGUAAAGUGUACGUGAAACGAAGGGGUUUUAAACAGCACGAACAGAGUCACUAUACAAAACAUGUAUGUGAUAUCUGUCGGUUCGUUGCAUACAAAAUUGUCACAAUGAAUACACAUCUGAGGAACGAGCAUGGUGUUGAUGUUGAAUACAAAAAGGUAAGAAGGAAACCAAAUGAGUCUAAGACAUCGGACAAACAGACGGGGGGGUUUCUAUGUACAGAGUGCGACAAAUGGUUCGAGAACAAAAACAAAAGAUACAAACACACACAGAAGUGUCACAGAGACGGCUUCAAGUGCGGCUCCUGCGGGAAGAGGUUCGCCUUCAGGAACACGCUGACCAGGCACGAGAGGGUACAUUCCUCGCCACUGCCCAGGGAGCAGUGUCCCACGUGUGGGAAGCUCAUCCGCCAGGACCUGAUCAAAGCCCACGCUCACACACACACUCACAGACAGACCCAUGUGUGUGUCGCGUGUGAUAAACGCUUCAUAUCAAGGGCCUCGUACGAGAAUCACCUCAAGUAUGCCAAAUCACACGCCGUUGGAGACGUCUUGAAAUACAAAUGUCCUGAAUGCAAGAAAGGAUACAGAUCCCGUGGCGAGUUACGAGAUCACGUCAACUACCAACACAUGGGCAGGACCCUGCACAAAUGUCCCAUAUGCGACAAGGCCCUAGCGACCCGCAGGUGCAUAACCCGCCACGUCAAACGAGCGCAUCACGGGAUCAAAGAGAACGACAAGGACAAGAUAUGUCAGACGUGCGGGAAGACAUUCCGGGACAAUAAGUGUCUCCGGGAACACGAACUAAUCCAUACAGGCGAGAGACCGCUGUCCUGUGAUGUUUGUGGUCGGACGUUCAGACAGAGCGCGUCAUUAUACACACACAGACGGAGGGUCCAUCAUAUAGUGGCCGCUCAGAGGAUCGUCGUACACGAGGAGGGUUCGGAGAAAUUGAAACCGGUCUAGAAGGAGCUGUGUGUUUGCUAUCCAUUACACAUAGGUUUAUGAAGAAAUUUUUAAUAAAGAAUAUUGUUAUAUGAGUUCUGAACAAGGAAAUGAUGGUUUAAGACCAAUCGCUAAAGACUAUAACAAAACAAUAUUGUAUCCGUCGGCAGUUAUUCGGAUGAAUUGAUAACAAAAUCAUUUGCUCCAGUUUAGUCGUCAUGUGAAGCAAAUAAAUGUAUUGAUAAAGUUUGUAUAUGCACAAAAUAAAAUCAAUUGUUUUAAAUAAAAAACAUUCCAAACUA